GGAUGCGGCACGGGCGUUGAAGCGAGGAUGUGAUUGCGGUCAGGCGCGAUGCACAGAUCUAGGAGCAGUGCCUGAAAGAAACAGUUCCGUCUUGGCUCAAGCCGUGUCAGAGCAGAAUAUUUGGUCUCAAGCAUUGUGGGAUUUGUUGUGUCAUCAGCGUUCCUGGUCGCGUCGCCGAGUACGAACAUGUCCUUAAAGCAGGUGUUGCACCGUCGACGAAAUGCUAAAAGUUUAAUCGAUGUAUCGGAAGGUGUGUUUAUUCGUGUCCAAGGGCGUUGUGAGAUCCAUUGUAUUGCCAGCUGUUCCACAUAAUGCCCACUCCAGGCGCAGGGUGAUGUUAAAAGACCCCGCUCUGAAACGUGUACCCGAAGCAGCGGAGAGAAGUGUUGAACAUUGUUGCACGCAAUGUUGUGUCAGACAUACACAUCAACAUGUCAUAUUCUGACGCUGCUCGUGGCCAGCGAGUUGAUGGAGGCCUUCGUGGUGUCGGGCAGACAGAGUAUGAUUAGUGUUGGGGUAAUAUACGUAUAGAGUGCGAAAGCUCACAAAUGCAUUGGUGUCGUCGUCGUAGGAUGUGGCCUCUCCACUUCGCGAAUGUAAAGCUCGCAGGUGACGAAAAGAAGCUUGAGGUAUUUGAUGUGUUGUUGUCUGUUUUCGACAUCCCUCGGGGCAUCUACAUCUACGAGGACCACCUCGUGUUCUGUGUUUCGACUUGUGGCAGAACGACCCAUGUUUCUGGGCAUCGCAUUGUAGUUAUGGGGAGAUCUGGCCAGGGUUGGAACACUGCACUCAGGAUAAUAGUUGCCCUCCUUGAUGAGCCGAGCAACACGUGUAAGAGCAUUGCAGAGGUUUCGUUGCAAGAUGCCCGUGUGCAGUCAACAGAGGCACACCAUACGAGUAGCAGUACGUUGAAAGUAUUCGAAUGCGUGCCCCUAGCAUGAAUGAGCCAUACAUCCCGUGGAGUUGUUCUGCAAACAAUUGCUUGACUGAUCGAACACUUAAUACAUCCAGGUGGAAGCAUUGGUGAGCCCGACAUUGGAAUCUGCAUCAACGGGCGGAAGCGCAGAUUAUGGACCGCGUUGUGCGAUUGAAUCCGCGACGGGGUGCGAGUAGAGUUCAAGCCAGGCCUGCUGAUAUGGGAGAAAUCCAACGCCCGAUGGAAGGUGCAUUUCAAUAACAUCACGUGGGAAUGCAACGCGGUCGAUGAACUUGUUCUUGUUUGUACACCCCCAGCGGCAUUUACGUGUACCGCCAUGACCACGCGCUUGAUGUCACAAAGGUGGGUGCUUUCAGUUUUUCUGGCCAGGCUGUCAGCACCGGAGGACCUCGCAAUGAGCAUUGCUGGCGCAAUGGACUUGGUACCUUUUUGAAGAGGCUGGACUCGGACCAGCGCCGAGCUUACAUAUAUUGGGACCGAGACUUCGAUUGCGACUCACUAUUGCAGUCUGGCGCAGUUGAUGAGUAGUACGGUGUUGUUUUGAUCAAAGGCGAUGUUUGUCGGGCGCCAGGGUAUCCGUCAGCUGACGGAAAAAAAGCAGAGGCCAGAAAUCGGACUCCCCCAGCGGAACAUCUAGCUAAUGCUCAUCUUGUACGCGGUUGUUCCCCUGGGAUGCAGGUUAUUGGUCGCCACGUUUAGGUCCGAACAGACUGGUCUGUUCUGGGGGCAGAACUAGCAGUUCUUUCGAGAACCGCGCGCGCGCGCAAGUAGGCCGACGAGACAGCGAGACCCCCUCGGCCGCACUGGCCGGACCGUCUUGCUCGUCGGAGGUGAGCCCCGGCCAGCCGACAGAGACCAAUCACA